AUGCCUUUCAAUUCAGGCCUCGUCAAUCCCAUCUUACAUCCUCUCAUCUUCAUCUUCCAAAUCUUCCAAUGGAUCACAGCUAAACUCCUCUCACCCAAACCACCCAGUGAAAAUGCGAGGCUGGGACAAAACAGACCUAAAAUCGCGGUAAUUGGCGCUGGUAUCACGGGUGUUACUUCUGCUGCUCAUUGUAUCGGUCAUGGCUUUGACGUUGUGAUUUUCGAAGCUGGGUCAAAGGAUAAUGUGGGCGGUAUCUGGAGUAGAGUCAAUGAAACAUCUGGGCUUCAAAUCCAUUCAUUAAUGUAUCGCUUCCAUCCUUCUGUCCAGUGGAACCGUGGCUACCCUGAUCGUCAGCAAAUCCUCAGCCAAGUCAGUCAGCUCUGGGAACGCUACGGACUCAAAGAGCGCACUCGCUUCAACACCAAGAUUGAUCGUGUUUACCAAGACGAGCAAGGAAGAUGGAUCGUCAAUGAUCCUUCUCUCGGUCGUUUUGGUGGUGUGAUUGCUGCUGUUGGUACUUGUGGUGCACCCAAGAUGCCCAAGAUUCCUGGCAUGGACAACUUUAAAGGUCCCAUCUACCACUCUAGUGAUUUGACCGGAAAAGAUGUCAAGGGUAAGAAAAUGGCCAUCAUUGGCGGUGGUGCUUCUGCAGUAGAGUCCCUCGAAUUCGCAUUUGCAGAAGACGCUGCCAAAGUAAACAUCCUCUCUCGCUCAGACAAGUGGAUUAUUCCUCGCAAUAUGUUUGUCGACGCUCUUCUCAGCUUCAACAUAUUCGGCCAGGAGACAGUUCUAUCCUUUAUCCCCGAGUUCUUCCUCCGCAAGUUCUUCUACAGGGAUUUAGAGAACAUCGCACCAGACAAGAGUCAUGGCUUGUUCAUGGAGACACCCAUGGUCAACUCUGAUGUUAUGGAUAAGAUGCGCGAGGGUAAAGCUGAAUGGAUCCGCUGCGAUAUUGAUGAAGUUGUUCAUCAGGGAGUUCGUGUCAAUCGACGUGCCAAGGGUGUUCCCCAGGGUGGUCCUGGUCAUGAAGAAGUCAUCGACGCAGAUAUUAUUGUCAUGGCAACUGGUUACAAAAGGCCUUCUCUAUCUUUCCUCCCUGACGACUGCUUCCGAGAACCUUACCCACCACCCAACUGGUAUCUCCAGACAUUCCCACCAUCACACCCGUCCGUCUCAGCCAUCAACUGUACCUACGUCAAUGCCAUCGGGACAGUCGGUAACUGGCACAUUGGAAUCUACACCAGAAUUCUGCUCAUGUUUCUUAUGGACCCCUUGUCUCGACCCAGUCCGUUUUGGAUGCAGCGCUGGAUCGAUUUGACAAAGACUCUCAAACUGACCAGUCCAACUGGCGCUUUUGACUUUUUUACAUACUUGGAACUUCUCUGGUGGUUCUUCUUUUGUGUCGUUAUCAACCCCUUCAGAUGGAAAUGGGCCAUCUUUGUCUUUUUGGGCGUUGGUUUUGGACUUCCCAAAGCUGUGGUGACCCAAGAGGAGAGAAUCACCAAUGGGAAUGGGUAUCAUGCUAGAGACGAAGGAACAAGUCUGUAA